AUGGGCGUGUUGUUACUGAUAGGGAUCCUUCAAAUUUGGGGUUACCAUACCGGCGUAGGGUUCACGCAGGCAGCCCUCUGUCUGUUCUGGACUUUCGUCUUUCAGUUAUCUGUUGGACAGCUAGGCUGGGCACUGCCAGCUGAGGUUGGUUCAACUAGGUUAAGGCAAAAAACAGUCUGCUUGGCCCGUAACGCAUACUAUAUGGUCAACGUUACAUGUUCAGUGCUCCAGUCAUACUUCAUCAACCCCACAGCAUGGGACUUGUCCGGGUACACAGGCUUUAUUUGGGGAGGAACCUGCUUCUGUGUACUGCUUUGGGCUUUCUUCAGGCUGCCUGAAACCAAGGGACGAACAUAUGAGGAGUUGGAUGUUCUCUUCUCUCAGAAAAUCUCGGCCCGCAAGUUUGAAAGCACAAAUGUGGGGCAACUCACUCAUAGGGAAAGAGAGCGAGAGCCCUUGGUACAAGGUGAGGUGGAAUAA